AUGGCAUACCACACGCAUCACAAUUCUAAGGAGAACGAGCAGAGCCUUGAGACCUCCGAGGAGUUUGCAACAGCUUCUGGAGGGCCUGUCAUUGCCGCAGCAUCUGCUGUUCUCUUCGUUGGCGUGGGCUACACAAAUACUUACGGUGUGUUUCAGGACUACUACCAGGAAGUCCUGUUCCCAUCGAUACCACCAGAGAAGCUCAUCGUAGUCGGUUCGGUCGCAUCGAGCCUUUAUUUCAUUCUGGGUGCGCUCACAGGGCGGUUCGCAGACUUGUUGGGAUAUCGAAUCUCGCUUCUACUCGGUUCCGCGUUGAUGAUUGGAGCAAUGUUCGCCGCAAGUGUAUCCAGAACAUACACUGAGAUUUUCCUAUCUCAAGGACUAAUGUUCGGCAUUGGCUUGGCAUUCGUCUACAUGCCAGCCACGUCUAUCUCGGCGCAGUACUUUGGCAGCCAACAUGGUCUUGCGAACGGUGUCGUGGUUUCUGGAGGGGCGCUUGGCGGCUGUAUCCUGCCCUAUUGUGUUCAGAUCAUGCUCGGAAGAUUCGGUCUUGCUGCAACGUUUCGCAUCCUCGGAUAUCUGGCAACUGGGAUUCUCAUACCAUCCAUCCUGGUUUUGCGAGCGAAGGUGCACCGGUCGCGAUCCAGGAAGAUGAUUGAUUUGGUCCUUCUCAAAGACAAACGCUUCGUUUGGACGCUGGUAGGAUGUACGGUAGCAAUGGCAGGGUUCUUGCCCCGGUAUUUCCUGGUGCCAAGUUCAGCUCGAGCACGGGGUAUAAGCUCAACGUACGCUUCGUGGCUGCUUGGAAUCAUGAAUGGCCUCUCCAUAUUCGGCCGAAUUGGUAUUGGCUACUUUGCAGAUAGGUACGGCAAGCUCACGGCGCUAUCAUUAAGCUUCCUGCUAUGUGGUGUUGGCCACUUUGCAUUCUGGCUGCCAGGGAUCCUAAAUACCCAGGAUAAUACACGAGCCGCCACGGCGCUGAUGACCAUCUUCGUGGUGUACGUGGGAUUCUUGGGCUCAGGCUUUAUUUCGCUCUUUCCGGUCGUUGUGGCAGACUUGUUCGGAAGCGAGAACCUAGCUUCGAAGACCGGUAUGCUGAAUACGUUCGUUGGUCUGAGUACUCUGGCUGGGCCAAGUGCUGUCUAUGCCAUUGUCGGCUCCAGCAUGUCGCUGAGAUGGGCUCUAGGCAUAUCAACGGCCGGGUUCUUCAUGAUAGCGGGCGGCCUGGUCCUGCCGAUAACGAGAGCGUUGUUGUCCAAGAAGCAAGAUCGGGAAUUUAGCCGGCAUCAAGCAGGGCGACGGGCGCUGUAG